UGCCGUUCGAAAUGAUACAUUAAGUUGAUUGCGGUACACAUUUUGAAAAACGCAGUAUGUAUUCCGUCCUCACAUAUCACCGAAUCGAAAAAUUUCAAAAGCUUGUUCGGUCGAAACCGAUUGCAGAUUCGUCUUCUCCAUGGUUGAUUAUGUGGUACGCAAUAACGUUUCGAUCGGGGUACUUUAGAAAAAAAUUUUCCCAGGGUCUUGCUCAAAAAUUUUUCCAAAUGUUACCGUAUGGGACCAAACGCAAAACGAUGUCGAAAAUUGUUUCUAAAGUACCCCGAUCCAGAAGUUAUCGCGUACCACAUAAUCAACCAUGGAGAAGACGAAUCUGUAAUUGGUUUUGACCUAACAAGCUUUUAAAAUUUUUCGAUCCGGUGAUAUGUUUAUUGGUUCUAUAUUGUUUUGAUUUAACCGUUUAAAAGUACACCUAAUACUGCUGUUUCUAGUUACUGAUUUAUUUGGAAUGUGUUCUAUGUAAAUAAUAAGUUGUAGAAUGGCUUCUGGAGGAAUAACAACAGCAGUAGGUGAUGCUGUGGGAAAUAAGAAACCAUGGAUGGGUAUGUCAAUAAAAUAUAAUUCAGGUAAUGAAACCAUGGAAUCAGAACUCAGUGACCAAGAUUUAUACCAAAAUCAAACGAACGAUACAACUACGCCGAUGGUAGCAAAGAAAGGAAAAACUAAACCGAUCAACAGUACAACUACUCAAAACGCUUCCACAAGUGACUUAAUUAAUGUACGCAAAGGUGAUCUGAUAAAGCAGAAUGCAGACGUAAUUGUUUUAACCACAUCAUCACUAACUUUAAUGAACCUUAUAUUUAAACAAGCUGGGGAUACCGUAAAAACCGAAUUUGAGACCGAAAUAAGACAAAAUAAAGGCGCAUUUCUUAUUUCAACAUCUUCCGGACAAUUGUCAUGUAAGAAAAUUUAUUUUGUAUCGUGGAUACCUAAUAAAAACGUGACAAUUCUUGCUCAAUCAAUUAGUAAGCUUGUUUCGAUUGCCAUACGAAAAGCUAUACACGAACAAUGGCAAAGUAUAGCGUUUCCCGCUAUUGGCUGUGGUGAAUAUGGAUGUGCGACGGAUGUUGUAGCGGAAACAAUGGUAACAGGGGCACAUGAUCAGUUGAAACUUUUAAAUACAAAUCUGGUUAUAUCAUUUAUCGUACAACCGGACCGCGAUAACAUUUAUGAAGAGUUUCAUAAAAAUAUUCGGUUAUUAGAAAAUAAUCACUCAACUGAUAACGUUCAAACGAAAAUUGAGGCAAAUGUAGCAAAAGGAACAAUUGAAGUCGUUGAUGUUAUUGUUGGUUGUUCGUCAUCUGCAUCACUAAAGCGAUAUAUAGUGAAAGCUGCCGGAGUAACUAUUGAAGAAUCUUACAACAAUGAAAUUAAAAGUAAUCCGAACGCACUUUUAAUCUCCACUCCACCUGGUAACUUAUCUUGUAAAAGAAUAUUUUUUGUAUCAUGGACACCAUAUACAGAUGAAACAAUACUUCGACAGUCGAUUAUUGAUUUUAUGUCAAAUUCAAUCCAAAAUGCCAUAGCGCAUAAUUUCAAAAGUAUUGCAUUUCCUGCUAUUGGUUGUGGCGAUUAUAAUUGUUCGAUUGAUAUUGUUGUUAAAACAAUGGUUAAAGAAGCAAAAAAUCAGUUAACAAUAAGAAAUGUUCCCCUUCAAAUUUUGUUUAUAAUACAACCGAAUAAACAAAAUAUAUACGAUGAAUUUUGCAAGCAAGUUGUUUCAGCAGAAACAUCCAAUGUAUCAAUGUAUUAUCAAUUACCUAAAACAUGGGAGCAUUCAGCAAAUGGCGAUAGACGUUUUAAGCUGAAAGCAAAUAGCGAUGAAUAUAAAUUUGUUAUUAACGAAUUUAAUAAUACAAUGAAUGGAAAAUAUUCACAAAUAGUUCGAAUAGAACGUAUACAAAAUGAACGAUGGUAUAUGCAAUAUUUGGCACAUCGUGCAGAUUUUAAAAGACGUCUCAAUAAAGAAACAGAAAAACAUUUAUUUCAUGGAUGUCCAGAACAAGCUGCAACAGCAAUUAUUGGAGAUUGUUUCAAUAGAAGUUUUGCUGGAGUUAAUGCGGAGGGUAUCGCAUUUCAGGUGAGGUCGAGUCCGGUUCUGGUUGAACAUUGUGCGGCGCAAUUUAAAAUAUAG